AUUACAUGAUGGAACACAUUCCUUGCUUGUUCUUUUAUAUACAAUAUAUUUCCAAAGCACAGAGUGAGAAACUUAAAGCACAAAUGUAGGCAGAAUUAUGUGUGUAAACCAUUCUUGGCAAAAUGCUGUUUGUGGUGUAAAUAUGCAGCAAGAACUGGGAUGAGUAGAUUUCAGUUUCUUAUUUUAACUUUUAUCUCCAGAUUUUUUCCCCAAUGAUGAGCAACAACCUUAAGUUUGCAUUAAAAAGGCUUUAAUUUUAAAUCAUAUAACCACAGAAAGUCUUGUCUUAAUAAUGACCUCCUUGUGUUUCAUAGUGACUGGUUUAGUGUCAUAAAUAAAUGCUUCAGUUCCUUCAUUUGUUUUAUGUGCAAACAAAACAGUUUAGCAGCGAUGAUGAAGAUUAAUUAAUGAUUUGCAGAAUUACAUUAUAUUCAUUUUAUGUCCAUUUGAAGGACAUUAAAUGAGUUGAUGGUGUUUGUGUAUAAUUUUCAUUUUGUUUAAGGUGGAGACAAAGUACACAUUUUGUUUACAGGCUAGUGAGUAUUUGGAUCAUUUUAUGUCACACUUGUUGCAUGUGUAAUAUUGUUUCCUGCAAAGUGUCACUAAUACCUUAUCGUUGUUAAGGGUCUGGUAGUAAAUGGGUAUCUGGGAGACAAUCAGAAGUGACUGUGCCUCUUGAUAGGUUGGUUCAUUAAGAGAUUUUUAUGUCAUUAUCUCAGAAAACAAACACACCAAUUGAAUUAUUCAGCACUUAAGAGGCUGUCAGAUAUUUGUUGUCUGCUGUAUCCUGAAUCUUCUGUGUGAGGAUUUAAUGCUUUUCUCUGUUUUAUAUCAAUGUCAACUGAAUAUUUUGGGGUUUUGGACUGUGAAUCAGACAAAACAAGACAUGUGAGGACGUCACCUUUCACUCUGAGAAACUGAUGAUGGAACUGAUGAACUAUCAUAAAGAGCCCUCUAGAGUGAACUUUCUUGUGUAUUGUAAGAGAGAAUCCUCUUUUUCCUCCCAACACAACUUCUUUUUGUGAAUCUUUGUUCUUUGCACAAAUGAAAGCUUUACUUGACAUAUUUUUUACUGCCUUGGGAGAGUACAUUUUCAUUCAAUGAAAUGAUGAUUUAUUGUUUCAAAACAUGGUUGUAUAACACAUGAUUUGACAUGAUUGUUUAUUAUUAGGAAUGAAUCCAGUUUUUACAAGGAACAAUUUAAUCCCACUUCAUGAGGAACUUUACUGUAAAAUCAAAUAAAUCCAAUACCACCAUCUGCUGGUCAGAAAGUGAAAUAUUAGCUGUAAAUCAUUUACUCAAAAGAAAGGACUUUGAAACUUAAAGCUGAAUUUAUAAUUUCUGAAGAGAGCUGAGACGCCAUUACAGGGUUACUCUGAUGGGGAUUAAAAUCUCUCAUUCAAAGGGACACAGAUUUGGUGAGUCUUGCUGUUAAAGGAUAAUUCACAUAUCAGAGCAAAUGGCUGAGAAAACUGCUCUUGUUGAAAGUUUCCUGAGCUGCCAUGUGUGUUCAAAGACUUUCAGAGAUCCUGUGUCUCUGAGCUGCAACCACAGCUUCUGUUCAAGCUGCCUGCAGAAAUUCUGGGAACAAGCUAAAAACAAAAACUGUCCCAUUUGUAAAACAAAGUCCUUGACAGAUGAGCCAGCAUUAAAUUUUACACUGAAGGAACUGGCUGACUCCUUUGCUGGGAGACAGAAGAAUGAUUCACCUGAGACAGAAAAAGAAAAGGAGAAAGAGGAGGUGGUGUGUGAUAAACAUCCAGACGUCUCUUAUUGGUUCUGUAAGGAUGAAGAUAGAGCUGUGUGUCCUGUCUGUGAGUUUUCUCUCCACCAGAGUCACAAGGUGGUUCCUAUAGAACAAGCAGUCAGUGAGCUGAAGGACCAGCUGAAAUCUGACUUAAAGUCUCUGCAGGACAAGAGGGACAAAUACAAACAAGUGGAGGAAACAUACAAUGAAGUGAUUCAACACUCCAAGAAGCAGCUGUUGUCCACAGAGAGGCAGAUCAGAGCAGAGUUCAACAAGCUCCAGCAGUUCCUGAAAGAGGAAGAGGAGUCCAGACUGGCAGCUCUGAGGGAGGAAGAGGAGCAGAAGGGGAAGACUAUCAGCAGAGAGAUGAAGAUGAUUGAGGAGCAGAUCUCCUCUCUGUCACACAGUAUCUGUGCUGUUGAAGAAGAGCUGCAGAAACACAAGGUGCCAUUCCUCAGCAGUUAUAAAGCCACUCAGAGCAGAGCCAGAGUCCAGUGCUCACUGUCAGAUCCACAGCUGGUCUCAGGAGCGCUGAUAGAUGUGGCCAAACACCUGGGCAACCUGUCCUUCAGAGUCUGGGAGAAGAUGAAGCACAAUGUCCACUUCAGUCCUGUCAUUCUGGACCCAAACACUGCAAAGUCUAUUCUCUAUGUGUCUGAUGAUCUGACCAGUGUGAGACGUGGAGACACAAAGCAGCAGCUUCCUGACAAUCCAGAGAGACACACUAAGUAUGCCACUGUUCUGGGCUCUGAGGGCUUCAGCUCAGGGAAACACAGCUGGGAGGUGGAGGUGGGAGACCAUCCUGGCUGGAGCAUAGGUUUGGCUAAAGAGUCAGCUGACAGGAAGGGAGAGAGAUAUCCUACACCAGAACAUGGAAGCUGGUGUUUAAAGCAUCACGGUAGACAAUACAGUGAUGUUGUUGGUAAGACUGUCACAGUGAAGAAGAGUCUCCAGAGGAUCAGAGUCCAGCUGGACUAUGACAGGGGGGAGGUGUCCUUCUACGACCCUGAAGACAUGACUCACAUCUACACUCACAGAGACACUUUCACUGAGAAACUCUUCCCAUAUUUCAAUAUUGGAUCGGCUGGUGAUGCUCAAACUGCUGAUAUCAAAAUGUGUCACACUGAGAUUUCUCUGUCAUGUUCAGGGAGGGUGGUGAGCUCUCAGUAACAUAUUUGGAUGUUUUAUAAUGGUGGUGUUUUGUUAUCAUUUACAGACAAUUCCAGUUUGUUCUUUGUGGGUGAGAAUCGUGUCAUUUCAAAGUACAUUAAGAAAAUGUAGAGAUCCAGGUUCAAGAAAAAAACAAGAUUUGAUCUCUUUCAGCAAAUUACAUGAUGGAACACAUUCCUUGCUUGUUCUUUUAUAUACAAUAUAUUUCCAAAGCACAGAGUGAGAAACUUAAAGCACAAAUGUAGGCAGAAUUAUGUGUGUAAACCAUUCUUGGCAAAAUGCUGUUUGUGGUGUAAAUAUGCAGCAAGAACUGGGAUGAGUAGAUUUCAGUUUCUUAUUUUAACUUUUAUCUCCAGAUUUUUUCCCCAAUGAUGAGCAACAACCUUAAGUUUGCAUUAAAAAGGCUUUAAUUUUAAAUCAUAUAACCACAGAAAGUCUUGUCUUAAUAAUGACCUCCUUGUGUUUCAUAGUGACUGGUUUAGUGUCAUAAAUAAAUGCUUCAGUUCCUUCAGUUGUUUUAUGUGCAAACAAACAGUUUAGCAGUGAUGAUGAAGAUUAAUUAAUGAUUUGCAGAAUUACAUUAUAUUCAUUUUAUGUCCAUUUGAAGGACAUUAAAUGAGUUGAUGGUGUUUGUGUAUCAUUUUCAUUUUGUUUAUUUUGUUUACAGGCUAGUGAGUAUUUGGAUCAUUUUAUGUCACACUUGUUGAAUGUGUAAUAUUGUUUCCUGCAAAGUGUCACUAAUACCUUAUCGUUGUUAAGGGUCUGGUAGUAAAUGGGUAUCUGGGAGACAAUCAGAAGUGACUGUGCCUCUUGAUAGGUUGGUUCAUUAAGAGUUUUUUAUGUAAUUAUCUCAGAAAACAAACACACAAAUGGAAUUAUUCAGCACUUGAGAGGCUGUCAGAUAUUUGUUGUUACUGAGGCAUCUUCAUGUUCAUGAUGUGGAUAAAAAUCACCACUAAAUAAAAUGUAUUCUUCCA